CCCGUUGGAGUGGGAUGGGCCGGGGCAGGAGCAGGAGCGCGCGCCAGGUUUUCGAAUCAGUCGCGCGGGCUUUCCGGGAAAGGGGGCGGGAGGCGAGCGAGGGCCGCCGAGCGAGAUUGCUGGUGCGCACGCGCAGCCUGGGAGGCAGGAAGGAAGGCACGCAUGCGCACCGUGGAAAGGAACGGGCGGGGCAGAGGGAAGGGGAGAGAGCGAGCGAGGAGGUCCAGCUGCGCAUGCGCAGACUCUCAAUGUCAACGCCGCUUUCCCCAAGGUUAGGGGGCUGCUGCUGGCGUCUGGGGAUUUCUUCCUGCUCUGCACGUUGUGAACCAGCCCUCAGGGGCCUGGCUGGGUCGCGGUCUGUGGGCGGAGGGAGCAUGUGGCUGGGGGGAGGGAGUCAGCGGCCCCCCCGCAGUGGGUGGUGCCUGGUGACCUUUGACCUCUGUGACUGGUCCCUGCAGGCCUGGUGACCUCUGACCUUCCUGCAGCGGUCAAGCUGGGUGCACAGAUCGACCUUUGAACCCUGCGCGGCGGCCAAGACUCCCUCGGUGCUGCCAUCCCGCAGCCGGCGACCUUUGAACCCUGCGCGGCGGCCAAGACUCCCUCGGUGCUGCCAUCCCGCAACCGGCGACCUUUGAACCCUGCGCGGCGGCCAAGACUCCCUCGCUGCUGCCAUCCCGCAACCAGCGACCUUUGAACCCUGCGCGGCGGCCAAGACUCCCUCGCUGCUGCCAUCCCGCAACCGGCGACCUUUGAACCCUGCGCGGCGGCCAAGACUCCCUCGCUGCUGCCAUCCCGCAACCAGCGACCUUUGAACCCUGCGCGGUGGCCAAGACUCCCUCGGUGCUGCCAUCCCGCAACCGGCGACCUUUGAACCCUGCGCGGCGGCCAAGACUCCCUCGGUGCUGCCAUCCCGCAACCGGCGACCUUUGAACCCUGCGCGGUGGCCAAGACUCCCUCGGUGCUGCCAUCCCGCAGCCGGCGACCUUUGAACCCUGCGCGGCGGCCAAGACUCCCUCGGUGCUGCCAUCCCGCAACCGGCGACCUUUGAACCCUGCGCGGCGGCCAAGACUCCCUCGCUGCUGCCAUCCCGCAACCAGCGACCUUUGAACCCUGCGCGGCGGCCAAGACUCCCUCGCUGCUGCCAUCCCGCAGCCGACGACCUGUGAACUCUGCACCCACGGCUGGCGACCUUUGAACCUUGCACAGCAGCCGAGUCAACUUUGCUACUUCUGCUGGCGACCCUUGAACUCUCCAGGGGUUACCUACCCCACCCCAGAUUCUGCAGCCCCACCCACUUCUUUGCUCGGACAGUGGGUUUAAAUGGUGCCAUGGAAGAAUCUGAAGAGUCUCCCAAGACCUGACUCCUGGGAACGGACGCAACAGAGAAACAGGCUUGCACUGGCCUGGGAUAUGGCCGCUGGGCGGCGGAUGCUGGGUGUGGCCUGGGCCGCCCUGGGGACAGGGGUGCUGGGGCUGCCGUGCCGCGGCACGGCCUCCCUUGCCUCCCGGAUGGCAGCGUACCGGAGGAUGUGGAAGCCUGUGGAGCCCCAGGGGUGGGCUGAGCAGUACAGGGAGCGAUUCAUCCCCUUCUCCAAGGGGCAGCUGGUCAGCACCCUUCUCAAGGAGUUCCACUCUUCCAGUGAUGCCGAGCGCGCCUCCUUCCUGGCCUUCGUGGCACGGGUGGACUCUUCCCUCCUGCAUCGCUACCAUUCACUCCUGGGGCACUUGCAGGCUCUCUACGACCCCAUUAACCCCGACCGGGACACCCUGCCAGAGUUGGCUCUGAGUGACACCGAGCGCCUGGCUAAGGAGCGGCAGGUCCUGGCUGAGUUGGAACCGGUGCUGGAUCAGGCCAACUUCAACAGCCUGUCGGAGGAUGCCCUGGCCUACGCCCUCAUCAUGCAUCACCCUCAGGAUGAUGUCCAGGUUUCAGUGAACUUGGAUCAGUACGAGUACAUCCGGUUCUGGGCCCUUGGCCAGCGUGUUGGAGUCCUCCCGAUUAAAUCCACGCUGGGGCCCCGGAAGGGGCUAUUCAGCACAGCCCGGACCCCUGCGGAAAGGCAUUAUUUCAAGCGGGUGCUGGUGGCGGCCCGGCCCAGGAACGCCCACCUGGUGCUGAAGUGCUUCAAGGACAUCCCCUUGGAGGUGCUGGAGCAGCUGCUGCCAGCCGUGAGGAUCCGCACGUCCAUCUUCUACAAGACGCUGCUGAACGUCACGCUGGUGGUGAGCGGGCUGGUCCUCUUCGUCAAUGUUGGCAUGGUGGUGCUGUCCGACCUCAAGAUUGGCACCAGUUUUCUGCUGCUCUGCUUCGCCGCCUUCAUGACCUUCCGCGCCUGGAAGGUGUUCAGGCAACGGCGGAACAUCCACUCCCUGGAGCUGGCGCACAUGCUGUAUUACCGCAGCACCUCCAACAACUCGGAGCUGCUGGGGGCACUGGUGCUGCGGGCCCAGGAGGAGCAUGCUAAGGAGCUGAUCCUGGCACACAGCUUCCUGCGCCAGCAGCCAGCCCGGCCCCCGCACGGCCUCGCAGACCCUGAGACCGUGGCUGGCCUUCAGGAGCAUGUCCAGUCGUGGCUGCGGCUCCACUCAGGCCUGGAAGUCUCCUUCUGUGCCGACCGUGCCUGCCGGCACCUGCUCAACCUAGAGGGGGGGCACCAGGCUGAUCCUGCCGUAGCCCCUGGGUCCCACUGAUGCCCCCUGGCCAUUUGCAGCGUGGGCACCCCCGAUCCCUCCUCCUGGCUGUGCUACAGCUGCUAUGGGAGGAAGGGCAGGGACAGCACUGGAGGGGGGGCCCCCUAUGGAGCAUGCAACACCCAGGAAGGGGAGAAGAAAUGAGCCCCAUGCACACACACUCUUGAGCAUGUUCCUGGUGCCUUCUGGGAGUCCCGCCAACUCCCAUGCUUGGCAUGGCCCUGCUGUUACCCAGCUAUUGCCAGGGCUGGAUUGUUGGGUCGUUAACCCCUCUGGGCCGCCUGGUGCCCGAGGGGUUCUGCUGGCCACCAUUCAGGAAGGAUGCGUGGAUGUUAGCAUGGGAGCACUGGCUCACUGACACCAAUGGGUCAAAGGCCAUUCAGCCGGGAGGGCUCUGGCCCCAUUACAGCUCCCCCACCUCCCGCAAGGCAUUUGGACCCUGGAUUUCCCUUCUCUUUGGCAGAAAGAGAGUCCCCAAAGCCCACCCGCCCAAACCCUCCCUGCUGUACCCGGACCCCAGCACUGGCUGCCCAUGGCGCAUGGAUUUGCACCCAGCGCCUCUCUUGGAGUGAGCGUCCGCACUGCUGUCAGAGGAGCGGGACUGGCCCACCCGACCCGAGCCAGUGGGGCUGUAUGCAGAAUUCAGGCCGUGAUUUUCAACGGCCCAGCCGGUUGGCAGGGGCAGCUUCACUCUGGCUCCUCCCAUGAUUUCCUAGGCUGCUGAUUUUCACAACGCCUGGCCUCGAUUUAUGUGCGAGAAAGAGACUUUCGGGCAGGAGUGGAAGAACGCUGGGCUUCCUCCCCCCAAAUGAAAGCACUUUAGUCGCCACGGGUGGGACUGCUCACAGCACACCUCCCAUUGCGCCAGGGCCAGUUCACGCCUGCGGGGGAGUUGCCCACAUUGACUCCGGGCUAGUCAGGCUCCAAGCCAGCACCUUUCCCUAGAGGGGGGGAGAGAACCCAGGAGUCCUGGCUCCCAGCCCUGGGUGUGUGACGAUAAAAUGUCUUAGCCUUAGGAGCCCAGCUUUAUUCCCCGGCCUGAAAGCCUCUGCGGGGAAGGGAGUUUCUACUGUAUUUGCAGUGCAAUAAAGAGGUUUCUUGUUUGA